GAGGAGAACAGGGAGGGUGGGGGUGGUGGAGAUCUGCUUACAGCUUUAAGUCUGCUGUGUUUGUGUUUACAACAUGAGAAAAAAAUCAUACGACAUCUAACAGUGUACCUCAGCCAGUCAUGGAUUCAGCUUUGGAGAGGCACUUCUCGGAGGUGGUGGCCCGGGAGAGGAGCGGACACACGGCUGUGGUGGAGGACAACCUGCUGUAUGUGUGGGGGGGUUACCUGUCAAUUGCUGAAGAAGAAGUUUUCCUCCCCAGUGAUGAAAUCUGGGUAUAUGACUUAGAACGAGGUGUAUGGCAAGUGUUCCACAUGACGGGUGAAAUCCCUCCGCCCAUGUCUGGGACCUGUGGCUGCUCACUGAACGGACACAUGUACAUAUUUGGAGGUUGUGAUGACAAUGGACAGACCAAUCAGAUCUAUUGUGUCAACCUGACAGACGGCAAAUACACAUGGAGGAAGAUCGUACACGAGAACGGCUCUGCUCCUUCACCUCGGGACAAACUGUCCUGCUGGGUUCAUAAAGGAAGGCUCAUCUACUUUGGAGGAUAUGGUCACAAACUAAUGGCUGAUAUUGAUGACAGGAACAGAAGCUUCAUUGUAGAUGAACCAUCAUGGGUGGAGCAUGUCUUAUGGGGAUGGAACAACGAGGUUCAUAUAUUUGACCCCAUGCACGCCACUUGGAGUGAACCACAGACACAUGGCCGUGCUCCUGCCCCCAGGGCCGCCCACGCCAGCGCCACAAUUGGAUGUAAAGGAUACAUUUGUGGAGGUAGAGUUAUGGAAACCAGGACAAGUGACAUUCACUGCCUGGACCUUGAAACAUGGAUGUGGUCAGAAAUAAUCCCAUUGUCGCCCACUCCAGCGGGCAGAUCGUGGCAUACACUCACACCAGUAUCGGAUAACUCCUUGUUCCUGUUUGGAGGUCUCACUGUGGACUGCAAACCAAUGAGUGAUGGAUGGUUGCUUGAUGUUGACACAAAAAAAUGGAGAGAAAUUAAGCAUCCGUUUAAGAAUAAACCAAGGUUGUGGCACACAGCAUGCCCAGGCAAAGACUCUGAUGUGAUUGUGUUUGGUGGGAGUUGUGACUACAUCCUCCUUGUCGACACUGGUCACUGCAAUGAUGCACUUGUUUUCCAGAUGCAGCCAUAUCCUCUUUUCAGGAUGUGUGAGGAUUACAUUGCAAAAAAUGUGAGGAGCCAUGAAGUGCUUAGAAAUCAGCUUCAACUCUUACCUCCCAAACUACUGACAGCAGUACAGAGGAGGAUGUCCUUCUACAGGCCUUCAAAGAAGCAAAAAUAGUUCAUUGAAAGAAUGUCAUAAUUGCCUAAAUCAAUGCAAUAUCAUACAAAAAGUACUGUACUCCCUUCAAUGUGAACAUCUCAGUCACACUGUGGGGUAGCGUUUUUAUUUUUUAAAUAUAUUGUGCAUAAUUUAA